UUUCAUCGUAUGGCACGAUAUUCAUGUCUUCGACUUUUUUUCUGAAUUACCUUUUUUGCCACGAAAUUUGGAGUGGUUCCAUUCAGUGUCAUUCGAGUUCGCGUUGACGACAUAACGCACUGAUGCAAGAAAUUCAUCCAGGAUCCAUUCGCGUUUCCUCUGCCGCUUCGCAAAUUGGGACCACAAAGAGUGCCUUGUCAAGGAACCGUCAGUGUCAUUCGCUGUCUAUUUAUCUACCCAGACGGUUUGACCAUAACUAUAAUGCCUAAUCGUACUCUUAUGAACUUCUACAAGCUCCAAAUCAUUUCAUAGAGUUUCAAAGCUGCAGCAACAGACGAAGAAAAUAGAGAACUUACAGUACCUCCUCCACGAUGGCGAUUUUAACUAGAUGUUGCUGCUUUAAAAAUGUCAGGAGUGGCUCCACAGCUAGCGGUGUAUAUUCAUUGAUCUACUGCUUCGUAAGCGUGGGGAUCCUGCUAUGGGAGUUCGUCGGCUACAUCGAGAUGUCGUCAUUUACGGGUGCGUGUUCAAUGUGUGAUGAACUUAAUACUAGUGUCCCUACAAAUACCUCCAUGAUGAACGGUGAACAUGGAGCUGCGAGACAGGGGCUUUACGCUGCGUACAGUAUUGACCUAGUGGCACUCACCUUUCUUUUCAUCGCUUCCAUUAUACUCCUAGUGGGCGUGGCUAAGAUAAGUACCUGUAUCUAUUUGGCAGUAUGGGCCUACCUGUUGGCUAUAUUCGUUAAAUCAGUCGAAUUAAGUGGAGCAUCAGGUCCAGCAGUUGAUGGAAUCUACGCGGCAUACAUUAUUGACAUCAUCGUUGCCGUUUUCCUGAUCAUCGCGUCCAUUGUCCUCCUUGUAGGCGUGUCUAAAGAUAAUAAAGAGAUGCUGAUCCCGUACAUGGUAGCUAUCAUGUUGCUCAUGGUUCUUCAAGCCAUCGCCUGGAUUAUAAUAUUCGCCUUGCUCGGCCUGGCUGGUACUCUCUUCAUCGGUAAUAUUGUAGUCUGGUUGCUAUUCACUGCCCUCAACAUAACUUGUCUCCUUUGCGUUAUUUCGCAAUAUCAGGAGCUUCGAGACGGCCGUGGAAAAGCAAAUGAUGUGGUGUAAACAGAAACUCACGAUUUGAAAUAUCAACUUUUCCCUUUUCUUCCAAAAAGCUAGCGCCUCGCUGUGUAUUAUGGGAAGGAACUCACAGAAUUCAUUUUUCUCAACCUUGAUACUCGGAUCAUCUUCUCUACAUUGUAAUAAGAUUGUAGGAAGCCUGUUCUUACUUCUUAGCAAAAGCUUUAGCAAUAAUCUGUGAAGAUGUAUUGAAAAAAGUAGAUUGGCUUCAUGUAUUAAUAAUGCAUCAUUUUAUUUUAUUAGCUGAAAUAAAAAUCUGUGUAGUCACAAGCACAUAUGUUUUGUAUAUUACGCUGUCAGUCUUUAACUAAGUAGAAUAACCGAGAAAGAUAGCAUCGUUUUGGGCAUAGGUUCUGUGAUAUUUUCUUAAACACAAAUAAUGUACCAUAAUCUUAUAGAAUAAAAGUAUUGCAUUGUAUUUCAAAUUACGCCAUCUAUCGAAAAGUAGGUUUGCUAUUACUGUUAUUCUGUAACUUACAUAUUAUACAUAUUGAUCGAAGACUAUUUGGUAUUUUCUAUUCAUUUUGUUGUUGUUGUUGAUACCCUAGUGUUUCAGUGGUCAAUAAACAUGAUAAAAUGAAUUGAAAUGAAAAGAAAAAUCUUUUUUUUCGAAAGCAUGGUUUGUCUCUUUAUACAUUCACAGUAACAUACUAUGCAAUGAAUGAAUGAAUGAAUAUGCUCACUCUAAAUUCACUCCAUAUUGAGUGCUUGCAAGGGGAGUGAACAAAUUAAUGGAAAUUCACUCAUUCCCUUUUACCAACUACAGUCUUACAAUAAUAAACUUUUCAAGGGGAAGUUCACCUUGACGAAAAGUUUGUUGUAAAAA